AUGGCCACAGAAAAGAGCGGUGACCCGAAGCCAGAGGCAAAGCCGCCAUCGUCAGCUGGUCCCAGAUCCCCUGGACUCAGGCAUGUCCAGACAACCACCUUGUUCCGAGUCGUCAACCCUGAACUCUUCAUGCGCCCGAACAAAAUGGUGAUGGCCUUUGGGCUUGUGACAAUUACUGGAUGCAUUGCCUACCUUGCUUACAUGAACGCCAGCAAGGAGAACCAGAGGGACCAGCUUUAUGUGAAUGUCAGUUCAGACGGCACAGAAACUGUACAGAGGAGACGGUCUAAGUGGGACUGA